UUGAUAUACACGCCGAUUCAUUUGAACUCUCUAAAGGCUGUGAAGGCUUUUGCAGCAGAGUUCAUGAAUAAAACGCAACGAUUGGACUUCCUUAUCAACAAUGCAGUUAUGAGUCAUGGCCCUUUUAGUGUUACAUCAGACCAGUAUGAAUCCACAAUGGCCAUUGGUCACCUGUCUCAUUAUCUCCUCACUAGGGAACUGCUUCCAGUACUGAAGAGGACACAACCGGGUUCUCGAAUUGCAAUCAUCACUUCUGCUGAGCACUAUUCCGGUUCUUUUGACAAACAUGGUUUCUUUAUCGACUACAAAGGCUUCAACUCUAUCAAAGCAUUCGCUCAGGUGAAACUAGCCAAUGUUGUUCAUGCUGCCAUAUUAUCACAACAGUUGAAGGGGACGUCUGUUGUACCUUUCAGUGUGAAUCCGGGAUAUGUUCUACCAGAUUUUGGCCUAUUUAUUCCUUCCCUAUUCGGCAUGUUCUUCAAGACUCCCUGGGAGGCUGGUCAGGCGGUUCUUUACACCCUACUGGAUCCUAAUAUCGAGUCCGGUGGAUACUACUCAAAUUGCAUGCCAACAGAGCCAUCCGCGGAAGCACAAAACAAAAAGACAAUUGAAUUUGUUAGGAAAGAAAGUGAUCGGCUGGUAAAAGUUGGGAAGUAA